AUGACGAACUCUUCUGGUGGGAUUAACUCGCGACUGCUGGCCGCGCUCCCCGUCGUAGCACCACCCUCUCCCCCUCGGCGCUACCGGCAUGGCUUAACUCCCUCCCCUUCCCCUUUGCGGCCUCACUGCCUUGCCCGUGAUCGCCUGCAUCUCUGGCGUCCGGCAUCAUCCCGCGCUCCACUUGACCACAACGGCAUCCCACUCCCAUUCUCAGCGGCCGACAUACAGCGGAUUGGCGACGUGCUCAUUCAUGCCUGGUCUAGCAGCACAACGGAGACCUAUGGUACAGGCCUACUGCUGUUCCAUGUCUUCUGCGAUGCCGCUGGUGUUCCGGAGGAUCAGCGUGCUCCGACCAGCCAGAUGCUCCUGGCGUCAUUCAUCGCCUCUCUAGCCGGCUCUUAUGCUGGGCAGACCCUGUCCAACUACGUGUUUGGCAUUCGCGCCUGGCACAUCCUGCAUGGCUUGGCAUGGUCCGUGAACCAUGAUGAGGUGGAUGCCUUGCUCCGCGCAGCCUCGGCUGUUGCCCCUGCUUCUUCCAAGCGGAAGAAGCGGCUCCCAUACACUCCCGACCUCAUCAUCACUUUGCGCUCCCACCUCACCCUCGCGGACCCACUCGAUGCUGCCAUAUUCGCCUGCCUGACCACCUGCUUUUACUCUGCUGCUCGGGUUGGCGAGUUCACCGUUCGGAACCUCCAGUCCUUCGAUGCGGCUGUGCACGUCAGAGUGUGCGACGUGCGGGUGGAGUUGGACUGCAAGGGGCUCUCCGAGACCGUUUUCUUCCUUCCUAGGACGAAAAUGGCACCGUCCGGUGAGGACGUCUGCUGGGCAAUGCAGAACGGCCUAUCGGACCCCCACUCUGCCUUCCAGAAUCACAUUGCUGUGAAUGCGCCGCCCACUGAUGGCCCUCUCUUCGCCUAUCGGCACCAAAAGGGACACCGUCCCCUCACCAAGUCCGCCUUCUUACAGCGACUUGCAAAAGCGGCUCGCGCCACCAAAAUCGACCCUCUCCAAGGUCACGGCAUCCGAAUCGGCGCGACACUCGAGUACCUGCUGCGCGGCAUAACCUUCGAUGUUGUCAAGGUCAAGGGACGCUGGGCAGGCGACUCCUUUGUCCUCUACCUGCGCAAACACGCCCAGAUCCUGGCGCCAUACAUGCAGGCUGUGCCAGCCGUCCAAGAGCAAUUCUUGCGCUACACCAUGCCCCCAGUACGCUGA